AUGGAACUGCUAAGGAGCUAUGCGACGAGCAGCGACGGUGCCUCAUCGGACGAGGAGCUGAUGCGUCAGCCGGUUAGCCUGGAAAGUUGCAAAUCGCUGGCACUAAGUGCCAGGGCCCUGGACGUUGCGCCGAUGGUGGCCACCAGAGAUGAGGUCGGUGGUGUGCGCCGCGUUGAUCCACGCAUCCGGGAACUCGAUUAUAAUCCACGAUACGAGGAACUCUUCCAACCUCAGGUAGUAUCAUUUGCUUUUUGUUUCCCUCGGUGA